UUCAUGUCUCUGACUUAGUGCUGGCCCCAAUCUAGGCUCCAGACUGGUAUGCGAGGUGCUUUUGGAAAGCCUCAGGGCACAGUGGCCAGGGUUCACAUUGGCCAAGUCAUCAUGUCCAUUCGCACCAAGCUGCAGAACAAGGAGCAUGUGAUUGAGGCCCUACGCAGAGCUAAGUUCAAGUUCCCUGGCCGCCAGAAGAUCCACAUCUCAAAGAAGUGGGGCUUUACCAAGUUUAAUGCAGAUGAAUUUGAAGACAUGGUGGCUGAGAAGCGGCUCAUCCCGGAUGGUUGUGGGGUUAAGUACAUCCCCAACCGUGGACCCCUGGACAAGUGGCGGGCCUUGCACUCAUAAGGGCUUUCACUGUGCUGCCGCCUCCUUACCUGCACCUGCUAAUAAAUCCCUACUUCUGGUCCAAAAAAAUA